AUGGCUAGGGACGCAGAGCUCUCAGCAAAUGAGCGAGCAUUCAUUGUCGAGGCACUGCAUCACAACGUUCGCCUGGACGGCCGUGCCUUCGACCAGUUUCGUGCUCUUGACUUAACCUUUGGGGAUGAAUAUGGGCACCUAAAUGUCAAGCUUGGGAGGACUAGUGUAAUUGUGCGCAUAUCGGCAGAAGUCACAGCACCCCGUCCGGACAGAGAUAGCGAUGGAAUUUUUACGGUAGCUAUUGAGCUGAAUGAUAUGGCCGUCCCAGGCUUCGAAACCGGACGGCAAUCCGAUCUUGAGCUUCAACUUUCCCGUACAUUGGAUAAAAUCGUGCGCCGAUCCAAUGCCCUUGAUACAGAAUCUCUCUGUAUAGCGAAGGGAUUGAGCUGCUGGAAUGUUCGUGCGGAUAUACAUGUCAUUGAUGCAGAUGGCGGCCUGGUCGAUGCCUGCUGUCUUGCCGUUAUGGCUGGCUUGCUUCACUUCCGUUUACCAGAAUCAAUUGUUCGUGACGGUAAAGUCACUGUCUACUCAAUCGAAGAGAAGGUCCCGGUACCUCUGAACCUAACCAAAGUUCCUUUGUCGAUAACCUUCCACCUUUAUGAUGAAGGGAAAAUUGCACUUCUCGACGCAAGUUCGAGUGAAGAGGCAGUUAGUGAAGGCGCUGUGGUUAUUGCUAUGGAUAAAACUGGGGAAAUUGCCUUCUAUUCUAAAGCUGAAGGGACCCCUGCGGAUCCGCUGAACAUGGUAUCUUGCUCUACUACCGCGUUUGCUAAAAUACGAGACCUGAAUGCAUUCGUACAACAAAAAUUAGACGAAGACUCAAAACGGAGGGACCAAAAAGGAUUAUAUGCAGAAGCGAGUGCUGCGAAUGAAAGAUGA